CACUAGAUGGCGGCAACCCGCAAGCUUUCCGUGCCGUCAUUAAACUGGAUGGUGUGUUUGAUUAUUCUGGUCACCAUCAUUGCUCUGUAGUCUCGCAUAAUAGCUAUGGCAGCUAAACGGCUUUAAUCCACGCAGAAUCAAGAAGUACUCGAUGUAAGAUGAAUGCUGAGGACAAGCUGGAGGGUAUGCUGCUCAAGUGCAGCAGCGGGGCGAUGGACGGAGGAGGGAGAAUAAGUCUGGGCGCUGGAGGUGGACUCGUGGUGAUGACCCUCGGGGAAAGAUCCCUGGCAAACCACCCUCUGUUGGCCGAGGAGGAUGACGAUGAUGAGGAUGAUGAUGAUUUGACCGGAAGCUCAUUGGUCACUCAUGACCUGGUCCCUCCAGAGCAGCUGAUGAUGCAGGAGGAGGUGACAAAGAAUGGUGGAGGUGGAGAAGAGGAAGGGGGAUGUGAGAUGGGGGUGCAUUUCCCCCUUAAACUCACCAACAAGUUGCCAUGCUUGCUUCAUAUGCCAUUGAGCAUCAAACAGGAGCUGAAGCUUUCUGACCCAGCUGUCCACAUAAAGAAGGACAAAAAAGCAAUUAAGGACCCGACGAUGAGUCCCAAGAAGAAAAAACGGAAGCAGCGAUCACCUGUAAAGAUUCUUGGCAUGAGUGAUGAUGGGUCCGUGAGCAUCCCGAACCCCAAAUGUCACGUCUGUGUUCACUGUAACGCUGCGUUUAGAACAAACUACCACCUACAGAGGCACGUCUUCAUUCACACCGGUGAAAAGCCUUUUCAGUGCAGCCAGUGUGACAUGCGUUUCAUCCAGAAAUACCUUCUGCAGAGACACGAGAAGAUCCAUACAGGCGAGAAGCCCUUUCGCUGUGACGAAUGCGGGAUGAGGUUUAUCCAGAAGUACCACAUGGAGAGACACAAGCGGACUCACAGUGGAGAAAAGCCCUAUCAGUGCGACUACUGUCACCAGUACUUCUCCAGAACAGACCGGGUUUUAAAACACAGGCGAAUGUGUCACGAAAACAGAGAGAGGAAGACGAGCAAGGCUGCUGGUAAAGCUGGACCUUUACGUGAAGCAGAUUCUUCAGGGUCUCCAUUUCUUCCCAAAGAGUGCUCUCUAACUAAGAAGAAGCGCCAGAAAAGUGCCGAAAAAAGCUCAGGCACUUCUGCUUCGUCCCAAGCAGAAAGUCUCGCGUUUGCUGUAGAAGCCCAGGAGAAGGAGGAGCAGGGUUCAGAGAAAAUGGAAAUUGCACCUCUGUACGCGGUGUCCUCCAAGGUUAAACAUGAGUAUAUCGCAGACUACUCUAUGGACCUUCCUGAAGAAACGACAAGCCAAGAUGAAGAUGGAGAGAUGACACCAGAAGAAACAACUCCACCUAAAAUAGUCCUGAAAAAAGUCACCAAGAGAAGUCUGAAGCAGUCCAGUGAGCACCCCUCUCCGUGCUUGCCUCCAUCUUUGUCCUCCUUUGAGGAAAACGACAAAGUGGGGCCGUACACGUUUGAAAUCGUGGAUAAGCCAGGCCUUUUAGACGUCGAAGGCAGCUCUGAACUUGAGUCAGUCGAAACUCUUCAAGGAGGGCCGGUGAAACCAGCAGCCAGCAGCACAAACUACGACGACGCCAUGCAGUUUCUGAAGAAGAAGCGCUACCUUCUGGCUGCUGUGGCUAACAAUAACCGUGACUAUAGCUUGAACACGAGCAGCAUCUCCUCUCAGCCAUCUGUUACACAAACCGUGGUGUCAACAGUCAUUGAUGAAACUGUACCUGCCACCAUCCUGGAGCCCCAGCCAAUAAGCACCGAGAUUAAGGCGGCUCAUGAGAAAAGUGUUUUGCCCGAUGAGGUUCUUCAAACACUCUUGGACCACUACUCCAACAAAGCUAACGGCCAAUCAGACAUUUCCUUUAGCGUUGCUGAUACAGAAGUGACCUCAAGCAUAUCCAUUAACUCUUCGGACGUUUCAGAAAGCAGCCCAGCGGAGAGUCUCGGCACUCCUAGUGCUCAGGCUCAACCCCCCACUGAGAAAGUCAGUCUACUGCAAGAAUAUUCCAAAUUCCUCCAACAAGCUCUGGAGAGGACCAGUCAGAACGACAGCUACCUGACCAGCCAGAGCCUCAGCUUGGUCUCGGAAAAUCCCACUUUAGCCGGACAACCCCUGUUCUCCACGGAGAAACAGUUUUCCUCCCCAAGCAGGUUCAAAUCAGGAAUGAGCUCUCCAUUAAGGUCCACUCUAGAAAAGCCCCACUUCGGAUUACUGGUUGGAGACUCCCAGCACUCGUUUUCAUUUUCAGGUGACGAGACCACCCCCCCGUCAGCUGUGUCCCCCGCUGAUGACGAGGAUUUUCUGGAGCAGGUCUCGCCUUCUAAAAAGACGGACUCCUCACAAGGCAUCCUGCAAACUUACCAGAUCAGCUCCUUUGAUCAGAACUUCAAAUCGCAUUUCCAAACGUCGAGAUCUACAUCUUCCUCCCAGUUUUCUGUUGCCAACGGACAAGUGGGCGUUCGAGGACACAGUGCGGACUUUUCAGAAUUCCCUUUAGGUCGGAUCACAGAGACCAGGUCUCAGCUGAACUCCUCCCCUGAUGUUUCGACUAGUGAAUCGUUUGGUUGAAGAAAAGUGGGGGAGAUUUAGUCUCGGUUGAUCAUUUUAGCAGCACUUUAUUUCAUCAGUCUUGUUUUGCCAAAAGGAAUUCCAUCAGAGUGGUUAGAUAAACCUCAAACGUCUUUCUUUCUUCUUUUAAACGUGAAACUUUUUAUGUAGUACACAAACCUCAUCUAAACAGAAUAAGAGUCAUUUCUUCUUUGAAAAGAAAGCAUUUCUUGUUCUGGAAUGUACACUAGGAGGUUAUGUGAGGAAAGUAUAAUGCAAAACAUUCAUGAAUAUUCUCACACCUUUGCCGCCAUAGAGUUUAUUUUUAACGUCUAUUUGCCUUGCUCGAUAAACGAUCGUGUCACCUCUGCUGCUUAAUGCAAUUUCACCACUUUAAAAUUUCAGUCAGCCCCAAAUUCUUGAACUUGCCUUAUCUAGAACAGAACCCACUCCACUAUAUCUGCCAAAAGAGUUUGGACCAUUCACGAUUUGGUCAAAAACGACUCAAACGCUUAUUUUUUUUUAAUGUUCUUUUGGGUCUUCCUUGGUGCCACCAAUUUCCUGCUUGGUUUUUGUUUAGAGCAGCUACGGGAUGUGCACCAGUGGUCAUAAUGUUAUUGGUGUAUGCACGCCCCUCUGGUCUUUCUUUUGCUACCUCCCCGUGCGGUUUAUCUUUGGAAGAACUUAUUUUGUGUUCAAUAGACCUGAUUAUUGCAGCUCUUAAAGAUGCCAGGCUCAAAUGGGCAGUCAUUCUUCACUUUACAUUUUAGUCACUUUAUUCCCACCUCCGCUGCACGUGUGUAAGGGUACAAGUCUGAUGUGGGCUGUUUCAUUUAUUAUUCAAACACAAGGGUCUAAAAAGACUUUCAAAAAGCGUCACACUUUGUGUCUGAUCCUCGUUUGACAACUCCAAAAUAUAAUUUUGGCUUCAAACUGCUGCAAAUAAAUAAUAUUUGCAGGAUAACUUUUUCCUUUUAUUUUAUUUUUUAUUUUUUUGCACAUUGGUCUCAUUAGGGAACGUAUCAUAGACAGUCAUGGACCAACCUACCAAGACUUAAUGGAAACGUUUGGGAAAAUUAGGUUAAAUUUCAGCUUGAAAUUAAGCUUUGCUUAAAUAAAAGCGUCUAUUCUGUAGUUAGUAGAGUUUUGUGAAUGUUUAUGGAACAAUCUUAACAAUCAUCUACCCAUCUUCACUUUAUGAAAUCAUACAAAAGCACAUUGUGAAAUAAGAUGAGUUUGAUUUAUUUAAUUUUGUGCCUCUCCUUCCAGAACUUCUUUUUUUUACACAUUGUUGCAGUUUUUUAUUUUUUUAUUUUUUUUAUUGGGAUAUUCCACCCAAAGUGAAGGUUUGUGUAUUGACAAAUGUCCCAGAGUAAGAUGAGUGGGGCAAAACAAUUUGUAAGCAGCCCAGUCAUUCUCCUGACCCGGCAGUACUCCUUUACAAUAGAAGAGACUAGAUUAGACUUGAUUGAUCCCAAUUCACUUGUUACAGCAGCACAAACGCUUAUGAGAGUAAUUUGGAGAAAAAUCAUAACAAAAGUACAUGUACAUAGGCAGUACGCUAGUAUUGUAACCUUCGACCACUAAAAACUACAAAUAAAAAAUGAAUAACUUGGGUUCCAGAACUAUGCAGUAAGGGACAUACAUUCUAUGCAUAUCCAGUAUUGCACAAGUAUUUAGUUUUAGCUUAGCAUAAAACAGUUAGUGAAUGGGACCAACUGGUGUUGUGAGAAAAAAAAGUCCUUAAAGUCGCUCAGUAAUGAUACCAAUUUUGCUUGGUGGCCUAAUUAAUCAUAUCGACUGCAUGUGAAAAAAAAAGGUAACACGAACAAAUUACAGGCGACAUUUCAUGACAGCACAGCUUCGAAAGUGACAGAGACUAAAAGCUUGUGUAUGGUCAGGACAACACUUCCUGUAAAUUUGUCAACAGCACCACCACUGUCCCGUCAAAAAGUAAAAAGAUAUUUAGUGGCAGGUCUGGAACAGAUUGAAGAAUGUGUCACAUAAGUCUGAAAAAAGGAACAUUUAUUCCCCUGUGACUGAAGGAGAACAAAAAUAUGGAGCAAACAUUUUAUUCGUGGACAGAAAUGAUGGCAAACGUGGGUUUAGAGGUGGCGACCACAUGAAGUCGUGGGGGAGAAUGAAGGACAAAUUAGUUUGGUUAUAAAGUCUCUGAAGUAUAAACACGUUCGUAAAUGCGUUAUCAUGGACUAAAUAUGUGAAUGUAAUUGUAGCAUGACACAGAAAAGCGCUACGCCCUCUGUUAUCCUGGCGGGGAAU